UAAUGCACCGGUUAAUAAACGACACCAAAUAAGCAACCUGAAACUUAAAGCCCAUUUUGAACCCUCAGAUGUUAUCUGCAAAACAUCGAUUGUUGUCUGCAAAACAUCCGAAACAAAUUUUAAAAAAGGAUGAAAAAUUAUGAAUCAGUUUGAGGUCAUGACAUCACGCUUAAAGCCGAUUGGAUGGUCAGAUUUCCUUAAUUGGAACAUACCAUGAAAAAAAUAAAGUAGGUAUUAAAUGGAUAUUGAUUGCGUGUAACUGCUCUCUUCCUUAAUAUGAGAGAUGUCCACUUAUACAGGGAAAUAAACGAAGCAUGUCAUUAAAAUAUCCAAUCUAACUCUGUUGGAAAGUUAAUGUUUGAAAAAAUUAAUAAAAAAUUUUAUGAAUAUUUCAUGAGUCAGAUUCAUUCAGCGCAACAAAUGUUUUGAUUUCGAGUCCUCAAUUUCAAUUUAAUUUCAACGAAACCAUCAAAAUUGUGCAGUGAGAAAAACCUUAUGGAAUUUAAAACACGGAUUGUGUUUGAGCUUAUUACAAAAACCAUGCUCGCAUAAAGCAUAAUAGCACAUUCUUGCAGGAUAACAACCAUUACUUGAUCAUCUUUCUUAAUUUUUUGCACCUUAUAAACGAAAAGUAGUCACCCGUCGCCAUGUUUGAAAAGCUUCUCAAAGUGGUGACCAAGUCGGCUCCCGGAAACGACAACGACUUCGCGGACAGACUCAACUACAGAUACACUGCUGCAGUGUACAUGCUCAUGUCCAUGGCUGUCAUCGGCAGGUCAUACAUUGCAGACCCCAUCAAAUGUUGGACCCCUUCGUACUUCCAGGAGGCGUGGGUGGACUACACUAACAAUCUGUGCUUCGUCCAGAGUACCUACUACAUCCCCAUGAAGGUUCCUCUUGGUGCAGACGAGGCGCCUCGGAUCAGGGCUGAGAACGAGAUCACAUACUACCAGUGGAUUCCGCUAUUCUUCAUGUGUCUAGCCAUGUGUUUCUACGUGCCCCGAGCUGUGUGGUUCAAUGUGUUCAGCCACCACUUUGUGGACGUCAAUGCCAUCGUGGACUUGUUGACCUCGUUCGACAAUGCAGUCAACCCCGAGACCAGAGAUCCAGCGGUGAUGCAGGUCGCAAAACACAUCGACAGGUACCUGUUGAGUGCGACCGAGUACAGGCAGCACCCUUUCUUCCGCCUGAGGGCCAAUCUAGCCAAGAAGAAGGUCUUCCUGUUCUACUGUGGCAGGAGGUAUGGUCUCUCAAUCACCACCAUCUACCUACAGCUCAAACUAUGUUACAUCAUCAUUGGUGUGCUGCAGAUUUACUGGAUCGACACUUUCCUGAUGGGGUCGACUGAGUCAUCACUGUUCUCGUACUACAGAAGCAUAUUCACAGAGUCAUACGCCAUCAAGGUGCUAGAGAGCCUGGCGCACGACAACUCCUCCCUCGAACUGUCGCCCAAGUUCCCACGCAUCACCAUGUGUGAGUUCGAAGUGCGGUCGGUGGGGGAACUGCUCACAUACAAUGUGCAGUGUGUGCUGCCUUUGAAUCUGUUCAACGAGAAGAUAUUCCUCUUUCUCUGGAUGUGGAUUAUGUUCGUACUCAUCAUGACUGUCAUCAACAUGUUCGCUUGGCUGUGGCGUCUGGGCUUCUCGUGGAACCGGGAGCACUACAUCAUGAAGCACUUGAGACUCAUGGGCAAACUGGGUGAGGACCAGAUGCGACACCACAAGAAGAUCACCAAAAAACUCAUGAGGUACUUCAUCCACCACUACCUGAGACCAGAUGGAGUGUUUCUGAUGAGACUGAUCGCCAUCAACACCAACUGUCUCAUCUCCAGUGAGAUCAUCUCCUCUCUCUGGGAGAACUUCCUGGACCACCCCUUCGUCACAGAGAGGGCAGAGGAGUACCAUAACCAGCUCAAGGAUCUGGGACUGCUCACUGAAGACGAUGACAACAGAGUGUUGGCGUCUCUGAAGAAAAUGGAUGCAAAGCAAGUGUCCGUUCACAAUUCCAUCGGUGGAUCUGAACAUGAGGACUUGUUGCCCCCUCUGCGCAUCAAGGACGACACCAAGUUCUCCAUCUUCGAGCCACUCCUCUCUUCCAAAAUGAAGAAGAAGGUAGCGGCGGACGUGGAGCAGCAGAUGAACAGUGGGGAUGCACCUGCGCAGACUCAGCAGACAGCUGCCAGCAAGAGAUUCACCGCCAAGUUCGGAGGCAAGAGAGACGACAGCGCACAAGGCGAACAGGGACAAACUGGUCAAAUAAUAUCUCGAAGAGGCAACAGUUUCUUCCGCCAUUUGGACUCGAAGAUGGCGAGUGAAGACUACGAGGGAAUGAAGCGAAGGGGGGAGGCGAGGGGGAGGGGGAGGAACAAGGGGGAUCAGGGGGCACAGUCGGGGUCGGAGCAGCAGGGGAGGUUCUCGGACAGGUUGAAGGCCAUUGCAGGGCUGCCCUCGAAGGCUAAAUCAGGAUUUUCUCGCUCUCUUUCCUGUGACAAUGGACAUAGUAGCGGGAGCAACGCCGAGAUAAUCGACAGAACUCGAGACCAACCAAUUUACCCCGCCCUGAGCAACGAUCCCGCGGAUGCAUCAGGAGUGUCCAGACGACCAGAGUUUCAACAGACAGGCGCUGGCGACCAAAACCUCAGAGGAUUCCCGACGAGACAAAAUAUUGGGUUUCCCGGGAGCCGAGGCGGUUUCUUUCCGAGGCCAAUAAUCAUGGGACCUUUGCAGAGUCUCGGCGAGUCAACUAUAGGCGGAUCUGGAGGUCGUCAUGGUCCGUCGGCACCUCCGCCGCCUCCGUAUUCGACAUUCGUGGAGGAAAAAUGUCACCAGAAACCAGACAAAGAGGACUGAAAUAGAAAAAAAAACGUUUCAAAAAGAAAAAAAUACAGUGAUAUAGGGUUCAACGUCAUAUUCUCUAGCGAAAAAACAACUCCUGGCAUCUUUCUUUUUAUAAGAAAAAAAAAUCAUUCGCUGGCAUCAAUUUAUUUUACCUUAUUCCAACGACUCUAAAAGGAUUCGAUAGUUUUUGCUUUGACUGCAAAACUGAGUAAAUAGCAAAAUUACAGUUUAAAUGCACCAAAGUUUGACAAUUGCAUGCAUAUUAGCUUGAUAAAAAUUAUUUAUAAAAUUUUAUAUAGCUGUUUCAAGGUUUUCGAUUUAUUUUUCAAUUUGUGAAACAAAGAAAGGAGUUUUCUCAAAAUCUAAAACGUUUCUCAUUUGCCAAUGCGAGACGUCAAUUGACAACCACAGUUCCAAAAACAAUCUUCUGUUCGAGCAAUUUUUUCGAGUGUGUUUCAGCUUUUUGUUCUCCACCCAAAAUCAACUUCCACAAAUAAUCUUCGGAAGGGGUCGACUGAUAUACCAUAUGAAACUCCUUGCGUUAAAAAUCAGAGUAAGAGCAACAAGGGUUAGAGAUUGAAAUUGGAUCUAAGGUUUGAAUAGUUUAAGCAAAAGAAGUAGCGAUUGUUGGAGAAUGAAUUGAGAAAGUAGCACAAGCUA